AUGUCUUCUGAAAUUGUUGGACGGUCCCUAUCGGACCUAGGCGAGCCCAUUCAACGUCUUUUGCUACAGAUUCAACGAAAUUUAACGGAUGAAGAGCUUGAUAUUUUCGCGAAGAUCAAGGUACGUCAGCUCGCCAAGGUGUAUGAUAUGUUAGCAUUGGAAGAAGAUCCCGAAAAAAUUCUGGCCUGGUUGAAGAAAGAACAUCUUAAGGCAAAGGGUAUUGACCCGGAGGAAGUUAACGAAAAACGUCGAAAGAAAGUUUUGGCAGAAGGUGGGAGGGAUCCCAUAGCGUACUUUAAGGAUAUUGAACGGAUGAAUAUAGAAAUGAUGUCAGAAUUAAGGAAAUCGCAAGAAGAACGUGAGAAAAAGCGAGCAGAAAAUAUUGCUGAGCGACGUCGUCGACGUGAGGAAUGUAUGAGGCGUGCUGCAGAAAAAAAAGAAAACACUUUAGAUGAAUCUAAUGGUAUAAAUAGUAUGAAACCGGAAGAAUUGACUGAUAUUUUGGGAGUUUUUGAUCGUUUUUCUUCUAAACAAUCUGUGUUUGAUAAUUCAAAUAGUGUCCAAGAUACAGAAUGGUGGAAACGAGAUGAAUACCGCCAAGAUUUUGAAACAAAUGGUGUUAAGGGUUCAAAAUGGACCAGCGUUGUCGAAGGCGGUUCUCUAAAAGCACCUGAGGCAGAACUUCAGGUUCGUGAAGAAUGGUAUCGGGUUCAAUGUUGGUGGAAAACGGACGCCCAACGUCGUAAUUGGUUGGCAUCUCGAGACGCAGAAUGGUGGAAGGAAGAGCCUUAUAUUACGGAUUGGUUGGAAAAUGCUGAUUCGGGUUGUAUGUGGACUGCUGCCGAUGAAUUAACUGGGUAUAAUCGUCGGGGAAAUCGCCGCAAAGCACCUAAAGCGGAACUUGAACGCAGAGUUCAGUGGUACAAGGACAAUGGUCCCAAAGGUAUUGUGAAGACAUGGUGUGCUCUGACACUUGGGAGUAAAGAUCACUGUACAGUGGAAGAAAAAUAUGAACGAGAUGAUUACUACAAAAAUGGUGAUUGGUGGAAAUCCGAAAUAUAUGUUAACCACAUACGGGAUAACCCAGCAGAAUGUUCUGCACUGUAUUAUGCAGGUGCAGCCGCCACUGAUCAGGAGUGGUGGAAACAACCUUCUAUACGAGCAGAUUUUGAGAAGGGUGGAAAGUUGUGGAAGUAUUUAAAUGAAGAGUCUGCUGUACGUGGUAUUGAGGAUUUUGCUACUACAGAGGAAAUUUCAAGAAGAGAAGCUUGGUUCAAGAUGUAUUGGUGGAAAAGUGAAAAAUAUAUUCAAGACUAUGAAAAAAAUGGUUCUGCAGGUAAACUUUGGAGAGCAAGUGAGGCAGGUUCAACGGCGGUCGCAGACGAUGUUAGUCUGCGAAGUCGAGAAGAAUGGCUAAUUGGUUGUCGUGAAACCGAAUGGUGGAAAAGCUCAAGUUGCAUUCAAGAUUGGGUAGAUAAUGGGGAAAAUGGCUUAAUAUGGACAGCAGCUUGGCGUAAUGCAUCAUUGCAGGGUGAUGGUAAAAACAAAGCCUCACCAUUAGCUCUUAAAGAACGUGUAGAAUAUUUCACUGCAAAUUUUUGGAAACAAAGUAAAUAUGUCAGAGAUUAUAUGGCUUUCACUGACAAGGGUACCAUUUGGAAAUCUUGCCAUCCAUCUGCUGCGAAAGAUUAUGAUUGGUGGAAAAGUCCCUAUUUUUUUUCUCAAUGGGUACUAGCUAAUCGAACGUUUCCUUCAGAAUUUUGGAAAGAACCUGAUGUAAUAUCAGACUACUGGGAAAAUGGUGCCGCUGGUAAGAAAUGGACUGCUGUAAAUUCAAUUUCUGCAAGUUUGGACAGGGGUGAUGUAGAUCAAGCUUCAGCAGAAGAGCUUGGUAUACGAGAAAGUUUUUAUCUGAAAUAUUGGUGGCGUCAACGAAAGUACUGGUAUGAUUUUUCUGCAAAAGGUAAAAAAUGGUCUGCGGCAACUCCGGAAGAAACAGGAAAAUGCUCCGCUGAGGAACUUAAAGAACGUGAAAAGUACUUUCAACCACCUUUUCUUUCACGUGCUGUUAUUGGAUACCAACGUUUAACAGAAUUAGAUGCGACUUCCCCAGCAACAGGUCUCUUUGCAUCACCUGAUGAAAUAUUAUUCCGGGAUGAAUAUUACCAAACAGGAUGGUGGAAAUCUCAAGCAGGUUUGUUGGAUUACGCUUUCCAUGGAAACAAAAGUAUCUAUAUUUCUGUAGCUUCUUUCAAUGAUGCACGUGCUUUAGAAGAACCAAACUUUUCUACUUCAAUUGAUGCAGCAUCACGAAUGCUCUUUUUUGAUACUGGAAGUGUUGAGUAUAAUGCAGACAACGAAUAUAUUGGCGAAUUUAUCGCCGCAUCUGACUGGUGGCAAGAUCCUACUAUUAUUUCAGACUAUUUUCAUAGUGGAGAAAAUGGAAAUAAGUGGAGAGCUAACAAUUCGGCAAGCGGUACUUGCGGUCUUGCACAAAAGGAUACAGCAUCAAAGGAGGAACUAAAUUAUCGCCAGGCUUUCUAUAAUGAUAACUUUUGGAGAACUCUGGAGUGCCUUCAAGACUUUCAUCAAAAUGGUAUAAGGGGGAAAUUGUGGACGAUGAGUGAAGCAGAAGGUAAAGGAGAUCGUGUUGAUGAAAAAACACUACUUCUACGUUCACAAAUUCUCAGUGGUUACCCUGAAGAAUUGUGGAGAAAGAGUAUGGAGGAUAAUUGGUGGAAGGCACCAGAGGUUCGGGCUGACUUCUAUGCUAAUGGAGAAUUAGGUUGUAUGGUCAGUGCUGCAAAUGCGUAUGUUGCUCUCGAAAAACUCGGUUAUAAAAAUGAAUAUAAAGCUGAUGAAGAGGAAAUAAAGAGACGAGUUGAUUUUUACGAAUCAAAUCCGUUAUCUAUUGAAGAUGGAGAAACAUGUCACUAUCUUACCUUAAUUGAGCCUUUUUGGAUUAUCCCUGAAGGAGUGGAAGAUUAUUGGACUAAUGGUUCAACAGGAAAAAAAUGGACUGCUGCUAACGCCACCGCGUUUGUUUGUUCAUUAGGUGAUAAAUUCAAAGCAACACCUGAAGAACUGCAGAGACGUGAAGAAGUACUUCAAUCACUUUUUUGGAGAGCUUCAAUUUACAAGGAGGACUUUCUUACUCAUGGAAAAAAAGGCAAUUUGUGGAACAAGAGCGAAUUUAAUGGUUCCGGAGAAGCCAUUAGUCAUGAGGAGGAAAUUGUACGUAUUUCCUAUUAUCUUCGCUCAUCAGAAAAGUAUUGGGCAGAUUGCCGUUAUGCAUCUGCUAAUUGGUGGAAGUCUCCUGAAGUUCGUAAUGAUCACAAUACACAUGGAUUUGGAGGUAGUUUAUUUGGUGCAGCUACAGCAGCUGUGGCUGUGAUGGGUCUUUGCAGGAAUGAACAGUAUGCAGCAUCUGAAGCGGAAAAGGAAAAAAGACGUAACUACUUCAAAAAUCACCCAUAUCGUGAUAGUCGUGUACCACAGGUUCUUCUGAGUCGAGAGUUAAAACGAGUGGCAGUUAUGGGAGAUCUGUUUUGGGUGCACUAUGACUCUCUUGAGGAUUUUGCAUUACAUGGAGCCCAAGGUAAAGUUUGGUCUGCAGGAGAUGCUGCUUCCGCAAGCACUGGGUGUGCCAUGAAUUUUCGUGCAAAACCAGAAGAAAUAAAUCUUAGAGAAACAUUCUUUAACAAAUUUUGGUGGAAGGCCUCUAAAUAUCGUCUGGAUUUCUUGCAAAAUGGAUUUGAAGGAGAAUUAUGGACAAAAAGUGCUCCCAAUGGUGAUGUAAAGGUUGCUGAGGAUGAUAUCAUCAGACGUUUAUGUUAUUAUGCUUCUGCAGGUAUUGAGUGUGAAAAACGUUUUGAAGAAUUUUCUCUCUUCUGGUGGAAAUCUCCUGAUUCUAUUGCAUACUACAUGGUUGAUGGUGAUAACAGUAAAUAUAUUAAAGCUCGUUUCCCGCAAAUGGCACUUUCUGGAGUUGAGAAUGUUAGCGGAAUGCUUGCUUCUGCAUCUACCAUGGAGAAUCGCAAUCAUUAUAUGAUCAUGGCUACUCCAACUGAUACUGCAGAAGAAAUAACUGAUACACAAAUUAUGGCUGGUAUAAUACCCGUGAAUGGUAUGUGGUGGAAAAACGAAGCUUAUCUACGUGAGUACAAUACCCAACGGCAACUGGAACAUUGGAAAGACCCUAAAAAUAUAUCUGAUUACCUCAAAAACGGUCAAAAUGGGAAGGAAUGGAAAAUAAGAGGACGUGUUUUUCCUACUAGCAUGAAUGAACAAUGUACUGGGGAAGAAUUAAAAGAACGAGAAACCUAUUAUACUACAAAUUUUUGGAAGUCAAUUGAAUCACGUAAAGAUUAUUAUCAAAACGGUCUUAAGGGAACAUUGUGGACGUCUAGUGAACCCAAUGGAAAGGGUAAACCAGUUUCUGAAACAGAACUUAACGUUCGUAUGGCCUACUAUAAGCCAUCAUCCCUAUGGGAACUGGCAAUUGACCCAGGGAUGGAUUCCAAAAGCACGUGGUGUGGACUUCAUAAAGACAUGAUGAGAUGUCGAUGGUAUGAAAAGAAUUGGUGGCGGUGCAAAGUAGGUGAUGACUAUCUGAUUCAUGGCCAGAAGAGCACCUUUUUACGCUGUUCAAGCUUGGAAAUUUUUUUAAGUGAUCCAGUGAAAUCUUCUGAAUGGCAGAAUGAUGAAGAAGUUAAGAAACGGAUAGACUACUUUGAUGGUACUGGAGAAAAUGAAUGGUGGCAGAAUCCAGUUGUUCUAUCAGAUUUUCAAAUGAAUGAAAAGGGUUCUAUGUGGAAUGCACGAAAUUUGAAAGAAGCUUUGCUCAGUAUGGGUUUGGAGUCACCGGCAGAUUAUACUGAAUUGGAGCGUAGAAAACGCUGGUAUUACGCCAAUGACUGGAAAUCUUCCGAGAUGAUUAAAGAUUAUACCACUGGUGGAAAUAAAUGGAAGUCUGCAAAACCUUCUGAGCAAGUUUUAAGGGUAGAAUGGAUGAAAGUACAUAAACCUGUUUCCCAAGGUGAAGAAGAAAAGCGAAAAGAAUGGUUUGAUCAUCAACUAUGUGAUGAGCAACGACAGAUCCGACGUGCGUGGCUUUUACAUCGAUCUCAAGAGGCCCGCCGAAUUCAUUUAUCAGAAUUGGGUGAUCUCUUGGCUCAACUUAAUGAUGGAGUACGUCCUAGUGAUGAUGAAAUCAGAGUAAUUGAAGAUGCCAUACGUGCCGAUCGCAAAGAUUAUUCUGCUAUUGAAAGUAUAACCCAACAGGAUUUCCUAAGGGCGAUGAAUGCAACAAAUUUCUACAUUGGUGCAACAGAAGAAGAAAGGUUAAGAUCAGAGCAUGAAGCACUUGAGGCACUCCAAAAGGAAGAAAUGGAUCGUUUGGAAGAGGAAGCCGCGCAUUUAGCACAAGAAGCGAUGGAAGAGCUUGAAGCAGCUGGUGAAGAGUACCUUCCCUUUGAUGAAGCCGCAGAUGAAGAAGAACAGGCUUAUCUUAAUGCUAUUGAAGAAGAAGAGAAUACCAAAAUGUUUCCCAACGAAGAUGAUAUCGACAUUGAAUGGGAGGUACAAGAUGAUUACGAAAAAGAUGAUAGUAAAGAAAGUGUUGAAAAUAAGUAUCAUGAGAAUACGGAGGAACGUCAACGUGCGCUGGAAAAUAUUUUCUCUACAGAAGAGUAUGGGGGUGAUGUUGGAGAGGAGGACACAGAGGUUGUUAAAGGCGAGUUGGCCGAUGAUGUCAGAGCGGCCCUUGAAGACGUUGUGAAUAAGGAGGAGUGGAAGGAUGAAGAUGGUGAUGAGUGGGACGCCACGCAGAGUAAAGUCAAUGAUCUUAUGUCAACUACCAAGGAUAUUCGUAUACCGCUUAGUGAAGUAACAAAUCCGCAGUAUCUUAAGGGUUUCUUUACUCUUAUGAAGUACACACCUGACACGAGUUUAAUCAACACUAGUCAAAAACGUAUUUGGGUGGUGGAUCAUUUUACACAGUGCUUUUAUAACUUGGCAAAGAAUAAUCGCAUUCGAAAAGAGCAUGCUGCAAGCAAAUUGAUUCAAUUAGAAAAAAAUAUAAUUGAUAAUACACGGUUAAGAAUGAUGUUUUUUGAUGCUUCUCACUCCUAUGAUAUGCAGUUUGUUUCUGCUAGCGAAAGGGAGCGUUUUUAUGAAACGGCAAGUGCCAUUCGUUCAUCAAUUCGUGUAUAUGCUCCUGAUCUUGCAGAAGCAGAUGAAACCGCUUCACAUGUGACUAUUGAUGGAACAGGUUCUAAUUCAAUGUCUGUUAUUUGUUAUGAUGUCACCGCUAAACCUGUAAAGAGACAGUUAAUAGGUGAGUGUCGUGUCAAUGCUUCAAAGUAUUUGACAGAGUCUAUUUCUAUUUGGUGUGGUACGUUCAACCUUGGCGGUCAUCGACCUCCUAAGAAUAGCGAGGAUAUUCAACAAUGGAUGCCUAAGGGUAAAUAUGACAUCUAUGCUGUAGCUGUUCAAGAAGCUUCAUAUCGCCGUCAUGAAAAUGAGUGGUUCGAUUAUAUUCAGAAUUACCUGGGUGAUGGUUACCUUCCACUUGCCAGUAUGUUUAUUUGGGAUAUACUAUUAAUCGUUUUAACAAAGAAAAAGCAUUUGUUAAAGAUAACCAAUACUGAGGGAUCCACACGGGGAACUGUACAGAAGGUUGUAUGUGGAAACAAAGGUGGUAUUGGUAUUUCUAUACAGUACCUGGAGACCUCUAUCUGUUUCUGUACGUGCCACCUGGCCGCAAGAAGUGAAAAUUGUGGUAUGCGAAACUCUCUUUUGGAGGAGAUUGUGGAAAAUCUUCAUCUUGGAUUGCCUGAAGCAGAUGUUACGAGUCAAUUUGACCACGUGUUCUUUUUUGGAGAUUUUAACUAUCGAUGUGAAAUUGAAGCAGAAAAAGCUGAAUCACUUAUUCAAGCGAAAAAAUACGAUGAACUACUGGCACACGAUCAGUUUAUUAAUCAACGCAAUAGCAAGGGUAUCCUACAUGGUUUUGUGGAACCAACUAUAACGUUUGCCCCAACUUAUCGUCUUAACGUUGGUUCUUCAGAGUAUGUUCUUAAGAAUACCCCAAGCUAUUGUGACCGAGUCUUGUAUAAAAGUAUGCCAAAUGCAUGGAUAAAGUGUACUGGUUACUACUCCGAUCCUGAUUUGCAACUCUCGGAGCACAGACCGGUUUCGGCUACAUUUGUUGUCCGUUGUGUUCGACCAGUAAUGUCAUGCUUCAUGAAGACUCAGAAACCCGUGCCAGAGUUUGUGUUUGAUGAUAUUACGUUAAAAGACUAUACCCAUCACACUCUAAAAAAACCAACGUUGCGCCUUCGUGCGCGUUUCGCUCCCAAUGUGGAUUCUGUUCCAUCUCAGGAGAUAGAUGGAACAACAGUGGUAUGGCGGAAGGCUGCACUUCCCCUAAUUGCAUCUGUUACACAAGUUCAAGAGUAUCUUGAGACAUGUAAUAUUCUCCUUAUCUUAAUUGAUGCAGCAGAGAAGCGGGAAGUGAAGCGAGGUUGUGGAAUAGGUGUUCUUCCAUUGAAGGGAUGUGUAAUUGGGAAAGAAGAGACAUCUAUUGAUUUUAAUACGGAUAUAAUAUUGCACGGGAAAUCUGUGGGUAAAAUUUCUGGAUCUUAUAUGUGGCGUGCUGCAAAACGUGAAUCCAUGCCAAAAUAA